UGUCAAACCUGUAAGCUUUGGCACAGCAGCACCUGAGCAAACUUGCGCCCUUAGGACAGUGGCUGGACUGGAGUUACAUACAGAAGCCGAGAACAGAUCUGAGCCACUGCACAGAAGCUGAGGGAGAAUUAGAGAGGGGAGCCUGGAGCUAUCCUUUACCCCUUGGCAGAAGCCGGGAGAGAGUCAGAGAGAAGUCCAUGAUCUGAGUGCCAAGCAGCAAGUUCCUGUUGUAUCUCUGAGCCUCCCGCUCCCUUUCUUUGCCUUGCAGGCCUGGGGGAGAUGAGCAGUUCAUCAGAGCACCAAUCCGUUCGGAAACAAGUCACGAGCAGUCUACAAACGCUGUCACCGAUCGUGGAGUUAAACAUUGGCGGGGAGGUGUACACAACAACGCUAAGCACCCUGAAGAAAUACCCUGGCUCCAAGCUGGCAGACAUGUUUACUGGCCAGCCCAAGCUCAGGACUGACUCAGAGGGGAGGUUCUUCAUUGACAGGCCAGGCACCUAUUUUAAGUACAUCUUGGAAUACCUCCGCAGUAACCAGGUGCCCACCCAGUGCAUCCAGGACGUGUAUAAAGAGGCACUGUUCUAUGAUAUCGAGCCUCUGGUCAAGCAGCUGGAGGACUCCCCUCAGAUUUUUGGGGAGGUGGUGGCAAGGAAGCAGUUUCUGGCCCGUGUGCCCUACUACAGUGAGAACAUUGAGCUGAUGAUUCGCAUCGCCCGGGCAGAGGCGGUAGCAUCCCGUCACUCCAGCGUCACAGUGUGUGUGGUCAGGACCGAGGAGGAUGCAGCCAAGUGUCACAACGCCCUGAACAGCUUGGACAUGGAUAAGAAAUCGGUGGUGAAGUUCGGCCCCUGGAAGGCGACGCCGGGCAUUUCUGACCUUUUGGAUUGCAUUAAAAUGGACAUUGAAACCAAAGGAUACAAGAUUUCCUUCCAGCCCCACGUCACAGAGAAAGGCUUUCGGUUCAAAUCCUACGAUUUCUUCUACAAAUUUCUGUUCACCUGGUGGUAGCAAAAGGGAACUCUUAGCAGUGAUUUUUAAAUGGCUAUUAAAAUAAAUAGACUUCUGUUAUUUUAAUACAGAGACUCUCUCAGCAAUCAGAUUCUGGGAUCUGGCCAAACUGCACACCUCACAAGUUGAGAUGUGUGCGCAGUGGGGGUGUUAAGCCUCCCCACCCUCAUGCUAUUCCAAAACUGAGUCAAUCGUAUACAGGCCUGGUCUUCCAGUGUAAGUCAGAGCAGCCUUAGACUGAUUGCUAACUGCCCUGAGGGGCAGAAACCACAGUUGGGACCAGAGUAAUAUAGGGUGCCCUGGCCUCAUCCACUUUACUCUGAUCUCAUUCUGUGCAAGCAGCCAGGGCUGGGAGUAGUGUUGCCUCUACACCAGCUCUGGGGCAAUUGUCCUCGGAUUGAAUUAACCAGAUUUACAGCCAGAAACAAUGGUCAGUGUAGUACAAAGUAGCCUUAUUGGAGGAUCUGGAACAGAAUUUUUACUGUUGCUACACAUAUACAAUAAUAGGCAGAAAGAACUUGGCUUGGAUUCCAGAUCCCUGGUCGUGUUUGCAGUACUGGGGGGAAAUCAUCUUUGUAAAGCAGCAAAUCAGGUCUGGAAGUGUCAUUGAGAGAGAAUAAAUAUGGGAGUACACCAAGUCCUUAGUCUGAAUAUAGCUUCACUCUUAAGGGUACGUCUGCUCUUGGAGCUAGGGACGGAGUGUAUGAUUCCCAGCUCGAGGAGACAUACCCAUGCUAGCUGUGAUUGAACUAGCAUGCUCAAAGUACAAUGUAGUGAGAGUGGCGGGAGGGGCUAACCGCCCUGAGGACAUACCCCUCCGAGACCCUAGAAACAUACUCAGGGUGGCUAACCAGCAUGCAGCUCACCCUGCUGCGGCUACAUUCUAUUUUUAGUGGACUAGCUCAGUGGGAGUUCAUGCAGGAGGGUAUCACACGGCCCCAGCUGCAAGUGCAGACAUACUCACUGGUCUCUCAGCUACAGCUGUGCACGAUCAAUGAUAUGGCUUCCGUUGAAGGAGUUACAUGAGCACAUGCAACUCAGGGGCAGCUGGUGAACUCUGGGGCAAAUGGGGCAUAGCAGAAACCCCCAGGGCUCCUGCACACCACAAAGCUGCCCUCCCACACUUAGCCCCAGAACUCUGGGUGCUCUUCUCUUCCUCCUCAUUCCCACCUUGCUUAACUCUGGCCUCUGAAGUCUCCCUCCUCCCCACUCCCUUCACCUGAAUUUCUCCUUACUCCUCCAGCCCCUGAUCCCCAUUAGUCCCAAGCCCCUGAGGCAUCUUCACCUCCUAGGCCAGGAGUGACUGACCGAUUUACCCACUUAGUAGAGUGGCUCUUCUCCUGAGCCUCUUGCCUUUCUUCUUAUUCCCUAGGGGGAGGGAUAGCUCAGUGGUUUGAGCAUUGACCUGCUAAACCUAGGCUUGUGAGUUCAA